CCGUGGCGACCAAAAAUUAUGAAUGGCGACUUGGCGAAUUUCUGGCGAUUUUCGGCUAAGAGCUCGAUCGAGUUAUGGGUUCUAAGCUCAGUGUCUUCUAAACAAACGAGCGACAACAUUCAGCCCGUCCACUACCUCCUAAAUUUUUCUAUGAGGUACUGGCACGUCUCCUAGCGAAAUGUAGGUUAGCGAACUGCUCUGCAUGCCGCGAGACGGCAGUGUUGAUGGGUUGGCGGCUUUGUGGCGCAACCCACCACUCCGUUUCAAGGGGGGCGCUCAUAGAAUCUAUCCAUCCAUCCGCUUGCUACGAUCUCCUGAUUCCCAUUUGGCGACGGCGGAGCUUGUGGAGCUGCCUGUCUUCGCUGCUGUAAUACCUACUUUUUAACUGCUGGAACAUGGGGAAGCACGCUAAUGCGAAGCGAAGAUUUCGUGAUGAAUGGCUCCGGGAUCAAAAACUUAAAGACUGGAUAUCGCCGACUGAACAUGGACAAGCGGUGAAGUGCAAAUACUGCAACUGUGUAUUGAGGCCUCAUUACACGGACCUCCUAAAGCACGCCGACUCUAAGAAGCACAAAGACUACGUUGUGCCUGCCCCACAGCAGCUCAAGCAGUUCUUGGCCCAGGUCAGCAAGCCAAAUUUUGACCAAGCAAGGCGGGAAGUUCGAAUAGCAUUGUUCACCGCUACGCACACACCUGUAAGUGCGAUUGAUGAACUUGGUGAAAUUCUGCAAGAAGAAUUCGACGGAAAGUUUCGGAUGCACCGUACCAAGUGCGCAGCUGUCAUCAAGAAUGUGUUGGCACCACACUUCAAGCACAAGCUGGACAAAAUGGUGAAGGAAGCCCCGGGGUACUCCUUAAUGCUCGAUGAAUCUACGGAUGUCUCCACCACAAAACAGCUGUGUGUUUCUGUUCGCUUUCAUAACUCUGAAACGAACUGUAUCUCGGACACGUUCCUCGACUUGAAAGAAGUAGCGAAUGGAACAGCAGAAGUGAUGCAUCAGUGUGUCAUGGACAUAUUGUCUGAUCACGGGUUGAGCCUUAAAGACUGUGUCGGAAUAGCGACAGAUGGUGCAAACUCAAUGUGCGGAGAGCACAACUCUCUGUGGAGCCGGCUCAGGGAAGGGAAUCCAGAUUUGAUUUUAGUAAAGUACAUGUGCCACUCGCUAGACCUCGUUGCCGCAAAGUCAAUGCAGACAAUGCCUUCAGCGCUCGAGUACAUGGUACGAGAAUCUCACAAUUACUUUGCUCACAGAUCCACCAGGCUCGCUGCAUACAAGGGAUUGUAUAACAGUAUGCUGGAAGACACCGACAAGGUAGAGCCACCAAAACUCCUGUCUCUGUCUCCAACAAGGUGGUUGGCAAUGUUCGACUGCAUCGAAAGAAUUUUGGGUCAAUUUGAGAGCCUGCAGAAGUUUUUUUCACAGUAUCGACAGCCGCAACUAUAACACGCGUGUUCUUCGGGACAUGUACAAUGACACUCGGAACCACGUCUAUUUGAUUUUUCUUGCAGCAGUGCUUCACAAUGUGAAACGAGUGAAUCUGUUGUUUCAGAGCCAGACAGCCGACCCCUUGAAGCUUUUUCAAGAACUAGAAAAUCUAUACAU